GCGGCGGCAGCAGCGGCAGUGGCGGCGGCGGCGGGGCAGGCGAGGCAGCCGAGGCGAGUGAAGAUGGCGGCGGAGCGAAGCCGCUCCCCGAUGGGCUCGCCGGUGCCGGCCUGUAUGUUUGCGCCGGAACCCAGCCCCCCGGGCGCGUCCCGCGCCGCGGCCGCCGCCGCCCGCCUCCACACGGGCUUCGACUCGGACUGCAGCGAGGACGGGGAGGCGCUCAACGGCGAGCCCGAGCUGGACCUCACCAGCAAGCUGGUGCUAGUGAGCCCAACAUCAGAGCAGUAUGACAGCCUCCUCCGGCAGAUGUGGGAGAGGAUGGACGAGGGAUGCGGAGAGACCAUAUAUGUCAUUGGGCAGGGAUCAGACGGAACCGAGUAUGGGCUGAGUGAGGCCGACAUGGAGGCCUCAUACGCCACCGUGAAGAGCAUGGCCGAGCAGAUGGAGGCCGACGUCAUCCUCCUCCGGGAGCACCAGGAGGCCGGUGGCCGAGUGCGGGACUACCUUGUCCGGAAGCGGGUUGGAGACAAUGACUUCCUGGAGGUCAGGGUCGCUGUGGUGGGCAAUGUGGAUGCAGGGAAGAGCACGCUGCUGGGGGUCCUGACGCAUGGGGAGCUGGACAAUGGCCGCGGCUUCGCUCGGCAGAAGCUCUUCCGGCACAAGCACGAGAUGGAGUCCGGCCGCACCAGCAGCGUGGGCAAUGACAUCCUGGGCUUCGACAGCGAGGGCAAUGUGGUGAACAAGCCCGACAGCCACGGGGGCAGCCUCGAGUGGACCAAGAUCUGCGAGAAGUCCACCAAGGUCAUCACCUUCAUAGACCUGGCCGGCCACGAGAAGUACCUGAAGACCACGGUCUUCGGCAUGACGGGCCACCUGCCUGACUUCUGCAUGCUCAUGGUGGGCAGCAAUGCCGGGAUCGUGGGCAUGACCAAGGAGCACCUGGGCUUGGCACUGGCACUUAAUGUUCCUGUCUUCGUCGUGGUCACCAAGAUCGACAUGUGUCCCGCCAACAUCCUGCAAGAGACGCUGAAGCUGCUGCAGCGCCUGCUCAAGUCCCCGGGCUGCCGCAAGAUCCCUGUGCUGGUGCAGAGCAAGGACGAUGUGAUCGUGACCGCAUCCAACUUCAGCUCGGAGAGGAUGUGCCCCAUAUUCCAGAUCUCCAAUGUUACAGGAGAGAAUUUAGACCUGCUCAAGAUGUUUCUGAACCUGCUGUCCCCACGCACCAGUUACCGGGAGGACGAGCCCGCUGAGUUCCAGAUCGAUGACACAUAUUCUGUUCCGGGAGUGGGGACCGUGGUGUCAGGAACCACCCUGAGGGGCCUCAUCAAGCUGAACGACACGUUGCUGCUGGGCCCUGACCCCUUGGGCAACUUCCUGUCCAUCGCUGUGAAGUCCAUCCACCGCAAGAGGAUGCCAGUCAAGGAGGUGCGCGGGGGCCAGACCGCUUCCUUCGCUCUGAAGAAGAUUAAGCGCUCCUCCAUACGGAAAGGCAUGGUCAUGGUAUCUCCACGCCUGAAUCCCCAAGCCUCCUGGGAGUUUGAGGCAGAGAUCCUGGUCCUCCAUCACCCCACAACCAUCAGCCCACGAUACCAGGCAAUGGUGCAUUGUGGGAGCAUCCGGCAGACUGCCACCAUCUUGAGCAUGGACAAAGACUGUCUGCGCACCGGAGACAAGGCCACGGUCCACUUCCGCUUCAUUAAGACGCCUGAGUACCUGCACAUAGACCAGAGGCUGGUGUUCCGAGAGGGCCGCACUAAGGCCGUGGGCACCAUCACCAAGCUCCUCCAGACCACCAACAACUCCCCAAUGAACGCCAAACCCCAGCAGAUCAAGAUGCAGUCCACAAAAAAGGGGCCCCUGACUAAACGAGAGGACGGGGGGCUGCCCAGUGGGCUGGCAGCAGGGGCGCCCUCCGGAGAGGAAGCCUCCCCAGCGGGGGCCGUCCAGCCCACCCCUUCCAGCAUCCUUCAGCCCCAGCCCAAGCCCAGCAGCGGGGGCCGUCGACGGGGAGGCCAGCGGCACAAAGUGAAGGCCCAGGGGGCCUGUGUGAUGCCGGCCAGCGGCUGCUGAGCCCCUCCUGCCUCCCCCAGUCUUCCCUGGGACCCUUCUGUCUGCCCCCCACCUAGGACGAAGCCAAGCAGCUGUUUCCCCCCCUCCCCCCCCCCCUCCCCCUCCAGCCUUUCCCCCAGGAUUGUAAUUUAUAAGCUCAAGAAAGGGGCUGGAGGAGCGCGGGACUGACCAGCCCCCACGUCCCUCCCGGCCCCUCUGCCCCCCUCUCCCUGACACAUUUUUGUACAUCUUGGGCCCUUAGUUUUUAUUCCUUUUUAUUAUAUAUAUAAAUAUAUAUAGAGAGAGUGUGUGUGUGUGUGCAGAUGAAGGCGGCUAGGCUGGCUGGCAGGCCCGUCCACCCUCCGUGCCUCGGCCAUUUCCGUGUAGCCAUCCUCAGGGGUUUUCCGACCGACAGGCCGAGGGGCGGGGGCCGCCAUACUCCGGCCUCCCCCUCUCUGGAGAGCACAGCGGCAGGAGCGGCCCCCCCGGCCCCCCGCUUCUGUCUGAAAUGGAGGCGAGAAUGGGAGCGCCGCCCCCUCACCCUCACUCCAUCUCUUUUUAGUCCCCCCUCCCCUGGAAGAGGAAUGUCCCAAGCGCUUAACUUUGGAUGGGAGGGCCGCAGAUCGGCCUUAGCCUGUCCCUCGGCCCACCGUGGGGGGCUGCCAUUUUUCCCCUUUUGGAGACAAUCCCCCCUUUCCCCCCCUCAGCCCAGCAGCCCCAGAGUGAGACCCCCCUGCCAGUCCCUUGGAGUUGGCUUUGGGGAUUCUGGAGAAGUCCCAUCUUCCUCCUUUCACUCUGGCCCAGAAGGGGGCCUCCAGCCUGCUGAGGGUCGUGUUUAUGAAGUCCCCUGUGGGCUGGGGACCCCUUCCCCGAGUGGGUGGGGCAGCUGUUUCCAUCGCCCUCCUGAGCCAUACGAACCCUCUCGCCCUUCCAGCAUCUCCACCCUGUCCCCAUUGUGGCCACUCCUAGGGCAGGUUGGGGACCCGGGCGCUGAGAGGCCUCCAUGGCCUGCUCCAAAGCCUGCGGUUCAGGAGGGACCUGUGUGCCUCAGAGAUGCUCAGGCUGGGGAUGGGACUAGCUGUGGGGGCAGCCUUGGGAAGGGGGAGGAUCCACAGCCUGGGGGGUGCCCUCCCUCAGCCUCCAUCUUCCACCCCUGUUGCCCCCUUUCCCACUGGAAGACAAGGCCCCUCCCCAGACUUGUCUUGCUUUCCCCCCCUCACCCCCAGGUGUUUGCCCUGGUUGUUACUGACCAGCAUUCAUGGACCGGCCAGACUGACAUCCAAAAUAAAAGUUUGUUCCAA